CCAAUAUUAAAAUAUAGUCAUUAAACCAAAGUUCCAAGUCAGAUUCACAUACAUAGCAGAGGUGCGAAUUCCCAGGGGCAAGCACAUAAGCAGGCCAAUUAAUAGGAUUCAUCGAAAAUUGGGAACUGCAUCAGAAUUCAGAACGAGGAGAUGAGAUCUGAAGGGCCAAAGGCCAUUACUAUUCAUGUAACUGGAUUUAAAAAGUUUCAAGGGGUUCCCGGAAACCCUUCUGAGGUUAUUGUUAACAAUCUGAAGAAUUAUGUUGAAAGGAGAGGUCUACCUGCUGGUGUUACUCUUGGGAGCUGCACUGUUCUUGAGGUGGCUGGGGAUGGUGCACUUCCUCAGCUAUACCAGACCAUGGAAUCUGCUAUCCCCAAAACAGAUGCUGGGAGCAAUGCAAAUGUUGCAUGGCUUCACUUGGGGGUGAAUAGUGGGGCUCAAAGGUUUGCAAUUGAGCGGCAGGCAGCAAAUGAAGCCACUUUCCGGUGUCCAGAUGAGUUAGGAUGGCAACCACAGCAAGUCCCAAUAAUUUCUGAGGAUGGAGGAAUUUCUCGAACAAGAGAGACUUCUUUCUCCCUUGAUGCAAUCUUGAAAUCCUUGAAGAAGGGAGCUUAUGAUGUGAUGAUAUCAGAUGAUGCAGGACGCUUUGUUUGCAAUUAUGUGUAUUACCACUCCCUCCGAUUUUCAGAACAGAAGGGUAACAAGUCUCUAUUUGUCCAUGUUCCCUUGUUUUCAAGAAUUGAUGAAGAAACCCAGAUGCGGUUCACAGCCUCUCUUUUGGAGGCUAUUGCUUCUGCAUGUUAAUGCAAUUGAUUGAAAUGUUUAUAAGGACUAAUUCAUGUAAAGAACCAUGUAAAGAACCAAUUCAACCCAAAAGCUUAAACUGUUGGGUGAGGCUACAUUAAUGGUUUUAUCUAUCUCAACAAUAAGGACUGCCAUUUCCACUUGUCAUCUGGUUGUGCACGUAAAUCAUCUGUCUCAAUAGCAAUAUAAUUGUAAAACAAUCUAUGAAUGAGCAAUAAAAUUGUUCCUUUUUUUUUUUUUU